AUGUCUUGUGAGGCACGGCGCACGGUGGCUUGGGAGACGGACGAGGCGGAGAUCGACGAUCAUUUUGAAGGAGAAGCAGAGGAAUCGAGGCCAACUGCAAUUGACCCUCGCAAACAUCUCCACUACGUUAAAAUCAGUGAAGAAGGACUUGUCGCUACUUUCGUUGGAAGGGGAGAAUAUACAGAUGUAGGGGCGGUGCAAGCGAACUAUCCUUUCCCUCGCCGAAGCCCAAUAGCAUAUUACGAAGUCAAAAUUUUGGAAGGGCCCCCCAUGAGGGCUGCAAUUUGUGUUGGCUUAGCUCCUUCCUCGGCUCUUCUGAAUAGACCUCCGGGAGGAGAGGCUAGAGGCGAAGAUGGCUUUCAGCAGAGUCGUCCGGGGGGAGGGGAGGGCAGCACAUUUGAAGCGUUUGGUCCUUCGUUUGGGAGAGGAGAUGUUGUGGGCUGUGGAGUUGUUAAUUCUUCUAGAGGUGUUUUCUUCACGAAAAACGGGGUGUUUUUGGGAAAUGCAGGCAGGGUGGAGCCUCUCGCUAACCUGUACCCUACUGUUAGUCUUAAACACAACGGAGAUGCAAUCCGACGUCAGCUGAUGGAAGAGAGGCAAAUGAUACGCCAAGAGCACCUGAAUCCAGAUACCCUUUUAUCUCUUGUUCGGUCUUAUCUACUGCACAGUGGAUUCGAAAAGACCCUCAAAGCGUUCAAUGAAACAGUGGGGAAACCAAAGCAAAGGAGUCAGCUAGGCUGGGUGGAGGCCUUAGCAUAG